AUGCCUCCCGUCCCUUCGCAGCACGCCGGCGCCAUGGGCCCGUCUGUCGCCGACAAGCUUAAGAUGGGUGCCAUGAUGGGUGGCACUGUCGGAGCUGUCAUGGGCUUCGUUUUCGGCUCUGUCAACAUCAUGCGCUACGGCGCAGGCCCCAACGGCAUCAUGAGAACUCUGGGACAGUACAUGGCUGGUUCCGGAGCUACCUUUGGAUUCUUCAUGUCCAUCGGCAGUGUUAUUCGAUCCGAUUCCUCCCCUAUCGCCGAAGCCGCCUACCGCAACAUGCAGCGAAGACCUGUGCUCGUCUACGGCCCCGGUUCCGACUUCGCGAAGCGCCAGCAAUAA